AUGUCUCAUCGCGACGCUGACAACAGUCGCUUAGAUGCAAAACAAACAUGUGAAUGGCGCUCUCGGCCGGAGAGUGCGUGCAAGGAAACACUGAGCAUUAUGCACAAGGAGAUUGAAAAGAAAGUUAAAAUAUGGUUUCAAAAUCACCGCUACAAAUGCAAACGACAAGCCAAGGAAAAGGCGAUGGCGGAACAGAACCAACACAAUCAGUCGUCAUCAUCGCCCAGGCGAGUAGCAGUCCCCGUCCUGGUGAAGGACGGGAAACCAUGUGGAUCUGGGGAGUCUUCAUCACCAGCCCACAGUCACUGCGCCACCCCCACGUCGGGGUACUCAGCGCCACAACCCUCUCAAGCCGCCUGCAGUAACCCCCUAGUGUCUUCGUACCGGCAGCCUACGGCGUACCAGCAGCAGUGCUCAGGGUAUCUUCCACUGCAGGGUAGGGCCUGGUAGAAGUUCCCACAGCUUUAUCACGAGACAAUGUUCAAGGAGGAAAUGUAUUUUGAUUAAUUAAACGCGAAAUAAUUUAUAUAUGGCAACAUUGAUUUUAUGUUGUCAUGUAGAUAAUUAAUUUUCAAUUAAUUAAAUCAGGGACACAUCUAAAUAUGGUAACAUUGAAUUUGUGUUGCCAUGUAGAUAAUUAAUUUUCAGUACUGGUAGUUAAUCUUUGUGGUAGAAACCACAAAAAUAACUACCAUAAUACAUUAGAAUUGAAAAAUAUAGACAUUUGAGUUAAAAAUUAACAAAAACCAUUUUAUUAAUCAAAAUUUAAUAGUUUUGUCUUGUAUAUUCAUUAUAAUUUAACAGUUUCAUGUAUAUUCAGAAUCCCGAUUGAAUAUUAUUAAUAAAAUAUUGAUAAGUUUCUGAAAAAA